AUGCACAUCUACACCACACAAAGACAUGGACAUCUACACCACACAAAGACAUGGACAUCUACACCACACAAAGACAUGCACAUCUACACCACACAAAGACAUGGACAUCUACACCACACAAAGACAUGGACAUCUACACCACACAAGACUGUUAUAUCUACACCACACAAAGACAUGCACAUCUACACCACACAAAGACAUGCACAUCUACACCACACAAAGACAUGGACAUCUACACCACACAAAGACAUGCACAUCUACACCACACAAAGACAUGGACAUCUACACCACACAAGACUGUUAUAUCUACACCACACAAGACUGUCAUAUCUACACCACAUAAAGACAUGGACAUCUACACCACACAAAGACAUGCACAUCUACACCACACAAAGACAUGGACAUCUACACCACACAAAGACACGCACAUCUACACCACACAAAGUCACGCACAUCUACACCACACAAAGACACGCACAUCUACACCACACAAAGACAUGCACAUCUACACCACACAAAGACAUGCACAUCUACACCACACAAAGACAUGCACAUCUACACCACACAAAGACAUGCACAUCUACACCACACAAAGACAUGGACAUCUACACCACACAAGACUGUUAUAUCUACACCACACAAAGACAUGCACAUCUACACCACACAAAGACAUGGACAUCUACACCACACAAAGACAUGCACAUCUACACCACACAAAGACAUGCACAUCUACACCACACAAAGACAUGCACAUCUACACCACACAAAGACAUGGACAUCUACACCACACAAAGACAUGCACAUCUACACCACACAAAGACAUGCACAUCUACACCACACAAAGACAUGGACAUCUACACCACACAAAGACAUGGACAUCUACACCACACAAAGACAUGGACAUCUACACCACACAAAGACAUGCACAUCUACACCACACAAAGACAUGGACAUCUACACCACACAAAGACAUGCACAUCUACACCACACAAAGACAUGGACAUCUACACCACACAAGACUGUUAUAUCUAUACCACACAAGACUGUCAUAUCUACACCACAUAA